GAGAUUUGGGCCACCGAAGCCAAUCCUCAACUUGCAUCGGUGGUUGCAUCCGUGGUUUGCAUCGCUGGUUGCUCAUCAGAUCGAGCCUCAACUUGCUUGCCCUCGCCUCUACCAUCCUUCCUCACAAUUUCUCGAGAUUUGCAAACGAUAUCCAAACAUGAAGACCGCCAUCAUCGCCACCCUUAUCGCCUCUGCGGCCGCUUUCGCACCUGCCAAGCAGGCUGCUACCAGCACUGCCUUGAACAUGGCCUUCGAAGGUGAACUCGGAGCCCAGCCCCCUCUUGGAUUCUUCGAUCCCAUUGGAAUUGCCGCACGAUCUGAUGUCAACAACUUUGAACGUCUCCGAUAUGUUGAGAUCAAGCACGGACGCAUCUGUAUGCUUGCCGUUGUUGGUUACCUCGUCACUGCCGCCGGAAUCCGUCUGCCCGGUGACAUUGCCCUUGAUGGAACCAAGUUCGCUGAUAUCCCCGCUGGAUUCGAUGCCCUUUCUGCCAUCCCUGAUAGCGGAAAGAUCCAAACUAUUGGAUUCAUUGGAUUCUUGGAGCUUUUCGUCAUGAAAGACAUUGCCAACACUGGAAACGAACACGUCGGUGACUUCCGCAACGGUGCCCUUGACUACGGAUGGGAUACUUUUGAUGAGGAGACCAAGCUUCAGAAGCGUGCCAUCGAAUUGAACCAAGGACGUGCCGCCCAAAUGGGAAUCCUCGCCCUUAUGGUUCACGAAAAGCUUGGAGUUUCUCUCAUCCCUUCCCUCUAAGUUGAUUGCAACUUCAGAGCGUGUUGAAGCAAGACGAGAAAGAACGGGCGCUAGUGCAUAGUGGUUUUCUUAUUGUAAAAAUAUAUUAGACCAGAGUUCCGCUAAGC